AUGACCGGGGGUGGUAUCGCACCUCACAUCGAUAGAGAGGCGAUGACGCUGAAUGUGGUGCUCUCAGAGCCCGGCGCCUUCAAAGGCGGUGGCACGGCCUUCUGGCCCCAGGUUGACGGCCAGAAAGCAGGCGAAGUCGAGAUGGGCAGCGAGAAGUUCGACAUGUGUCAUGCAGCAGUUCUGCGGCCAAGGCAGGGCACUGCGAUCCUUUUCAACGGCCACAUCACUCACGCUGGUCGUCCGGUGGUUUCGGGAAUACGCCAUGCAUAUGUGGCCAGCUUCAACUUGGUCAGCCUCGAUGGACGGAAGAGCAGUUUGGACAGUGACUCUUUCUCGAAUUGGGCGGAGUUUCUUUCGGGACCUAUAAGCCUUGUGUUCCUGAUGGUGGCGGCUUUGGCAGAUCUCGUCACCACAAAGCUUGGUGAUGAGGACGGACUCUCGCAAAGCGCUUUUGCGGAGUUAGUGGUGCUGCUGAUGAAGGUCUGUGUGCGGCAAGACGCCGCAUCCAAAGCAGGACUGCAUCCCAACGAAGAGGAGGGAAGUCCGCCGAAAGCCGUGGUGGAGUUGCUCCUCUUCGCCGCGUGGAUUUGUGCUGCAAUCUGGCGUCUACCAGCCCAAGAGAGGAACAGGCUUGCUUACCUACAAAGCGAGAAGACCGAGUCCGUUGCUGUGUUGGCGACGAUGCUGAGGCUACCGGGCCUUGCGACUUCGUUCGACAUUCGCAUGGUCCCGAUGGGAGAACUGCCAGAACUGCCAGGGUCGUUGAAGGAAGGCUGCCCUCCCAGCGUGCUCGAUGAAAUCACCGAGUUUCCAUUUAUUGACUUGCCGGAUGCGUAUCUGGACCUCAUCAAGGACGGAAGAGCCAGAUCACGGCGAUCUGAAGUGGUGACAAAUCUGCUGGACUUGAAACAGCCCCUGGAGCACUUGAAGGUGCAGCAGCUGAUUUCUCCAGCGCUUGCCUCCUGGAGACGGGCGCCGAAUGCCAUCACCAUUGUCCUCAACGAGCUCAAGCAUGAAGGAAGAGUGGACCUCAUCUCUGCGGUGCUGGCUGCUGUCCAGGACGACUGGCUGGUCGAGCUCACGUGCCAUCACUUCAACAUCGGCAUCAGCGCCGCAGUUCGGUCUACACAUUGGAAGCAUGCACUAGGCUUGCUCUGCUCCAUGUCAAAUGCGAAGGUCCGGCCAAACGUCGUCAGCUUCACUGCUACAAUCAACGGAUGUCAGAAGUCUGGGGAAUGGCAAACGGCCCUUACGUUGUUUGAUGUUCUCCUCCAAGGCAGGCUCCAACCCAACCUGGUCACAUACAGUGCCGUCAUCAAUUCCUGCAGGCGAGGCGAACAGUGGCAGCCUGCCUUGCAGCUCUUUCAUUCCUUGCCUGACAGGGAAAUCCCGCCGGAUCUGAAAUGCUACGGUGCAGUCAUCAGCUGUUGCGAGAAGGCUGGCGAGUGGCAAUUAGCCUUUGAACUCUACCAGUCCAUGCCGGCGGCGAAGAUUUUGCCCGAUGUCGUGAGCCAUAAUUCGAUGCUUAGCUCUCUGGAGAAGGCCGGACUCUGGCAGCUAGCUUUCGAUCUUUUCGCUGCCAUGCCUUUCGCAAAGAUGCAGCCGGAUGUGAUCAGCUACAGUGCCAUGAUCAGUGCGUGUGAAAAGGCCGGUCACUGGCAAUUGGCUGUAUCUCUCUUCACUGGUAUGGUCACAGCUGACAUUCCUGCCGAUGUGAUCAGCUACAGUGCCACGAUCAGCGCGUGUGAGAAGGGGGAGCAGUGGGAGACUGCUCUGCAUCUCUUGCAGAGCAUGCCGCAAGGCAAAGUCUGUCCGAAUGUCAUCAGCUACAGCGCAGCGAUCAGUGCCUGUGAGAAAGGCGGAGAAUGGCAGCUUGCCUUGCAUCUCUUUUCAGAAAUGCAGAGAGCUGCUGUGCUGCCAAACGUCAUCAGUUGCAGUGCAACGAUCACAUCUUGUGAACGGGGAGCUCGUUGGCAACUUGCCUUGGACAUUUUUGACUCCAUGCCCAAAAUCAACAUUGCGCAUAACGUCGUAAGUUACAAUGCCGCGGUGAGUUCCUGUGAGAAGGGGCAUCAGUGGCACCUAGCAUUGCAACUCUUCGACGAAAUGCCCUUGGUACAGAUAUCCCCAGAUGUCAUUAGCUACACCUCAAUAAUUGCUUGUUGCGAACGCGGAGCUCGAUGGCAGGUGGCUGUCAAUCUUUUUGCAAGCUUGCCGCACGUCGGCAUCUCUCCGAAUGCCAUCACAUAUAGCGCAGCAAUAAGCUGUUGCGAGAAAGCUGCUAGAUGGCAGCAAGCUUCUCAGCUUUUCGAUGCCAUGCUAAGCAGCAAGAUCGUGCCAGACACUGUCGGAUACAACGCCACCCUUACUUCGUGCGAGCGUGAUGUUCCGGAUCUCCCUCUUAGAAUCAAGGAAUUUACCGGGAUGCUGUGGGCACUACUCCGGCCCCACCUGGCCAAGCACAUGCGUCGUCCGAAGCUGGGCAGGCACAGGCAUUUCGCACCAACGAGCCAACGUAGCUCACAUCCACCGCCGAGUUUACUGGACCGCGAUAGGUUGCGGUGUCCGCAGAAAGCAUCACAGUAUUUGCAAGAACUCCGAUCUGAAAAUCAUCCAGAAUUGAUGUGUUCCCUGCUUGAGACGAUGCUGGAGGCUACACAUCUUCGCCCCAGCGCUGGGCAGAUAUUCAUGGGACUGACUGCCUGCACGAGGGAACGUCUCUGGGAGCAUGGCCUGACAUUGUUGAGGGCCAUGCCGAAAGCCUCCGUUGCAGCAGAUGUCAUGCACUACAACGCUACCAUCAGUGGCUGUGGCAAGGCAGAGUGGCAGCUCGGCCUUCUUCUGUUCGAAGAAAUGUUCAGCAAGCAAGUUGCACCUAGUCUUGUGAGCUACAACACGGCUAUUGCCUGCGCUGGCAACUGGCAGCUGGGAUUACACCUGCUGACAGUCGGCAUGCCAAUGUCCAGGAUGCAGCCAGACGUCAUCAGCUACAAUGCCGCAAUCGGCUGCUGCAGCGGGCACGGACUCUGGGAGCUGGCUUUGUGGCUCGUCCAUGCCAUGACGGACGGAAGGUUGGACCCAACGAUUCACAGUUACGGGGCUACGAUCAGUGCCUUGGAGAAGGGCAGCCAGUGGCCACUUGCAGUCGACCUACUACGCUCCAUGAAAGCCAAAAACGUCAUGCCCAAUGUCAUCAGCUGCAGCGCAGUGAUAAGUGCAUGCCACAAAGGGGGACAGUGGCGACUUGCUCUGAAGCUAUUUCAAGAUGCCCUGGACUCAUCAACGGACCAAAACGUGGUUAGCUACAGCGCUGCAAUCUCCUCGUGUGAAAAGGGAUCACUUUGGUCCCUUGCAGUCAACAUGCUCGAUUCCAUGCAAAACGAAGAGAUUACGCCGAACGUGAUCAGCUACAGCUCUGCUAUAAGUGCAUGCGACAAGGGGCAGCAGUGGCUCCAAGCCAUGCUUCUCCUCGAAGGCAUGCCCGUGGUACUUAUCACUCCGAAUGUUGUCAGCUACAGCUCGGCCAUGAGCGCUUGCACCAGAAGCAGUGAGUGGCAACUGGCACUGCGGCUUCUGGAUGACAUGGCCACGGCCUCUGCUGGGCCAGAUGUCGUAAGCUACAGCAUAAUCAUACAGGGCUGCAGGAAGGCGCAGCAAUGGCAACUGGCUUCGUCUUUGAUCGACAUGAUGACGGAAUCCAAGAUAUGUCCGGAUGCUGUUGCCUACAACGGGACACUGGACUGCUUAGUGCGAGCCGGAAACCUCUACUACGACAUGCCACGCUCCGACCUGCAUGCUUCAUUCUGUGAUCUGCGAGGGCCAGCCUCAGGUGCGAUUUCCCGUGUUUCUGCAGACACGUUCAGCUGCGAAGUGGCGAAUGUGGCGACUUCACAGCGAAUUCUCCCAGCAUUGCAUGGUACUCGACGUGUGGCACUCUGGACCAAGAACAUGCAGGCCAAGAAAGGGUGCUUCCAGCUUGAUGUGCCACCGUCGCCAGUUGGGACGCCGCGGUCAGUGCGAAAUGUCAGCGGUGAUUUAGGCGCCUUGGCCCGUGGGAGAAGGUGGCAGGAGUUGUUGACACUGCUGCCUGCCAUGUCAUCUCAGAGCCCUGAUACAUCGAUCGCAUACAACUCGACGAUCGCGUCUUUGGGCAUGACCAAACAUUGGAAGCAAGCUCUUCAACUGUUUUGUGACAUGCCGGCCGCACAAGUGGCCCCAGAUGUUGUUAGCUACAAUGCCACCAUAAGAUCCAUGUCGAGGAGUUCGCUGUGGCAGCCUGCUCUCAGUAUAUUCGCGUCCAUGUGGGGCUCUGGGCCUACGCCAAAUGUCAGAACCUUUAACUCCCUUAUUAGCUGUUGUGAGGAGUCGGGGCUGUGGCAGCUGGCAUCCCUUCUCCUAUGUCAGAUGAUUCAAAGACAGAUGCUUCCAGACGUGAUAAGCUAUACGGCAGCUAUGAAGACCUGUAAGUUGAGUGCCCAGUGGUCCUUGGCCUUGCAGUUUUUCCACCGGACCCACGGCGCGAGGCUUAAGCCAGAUGUAGUUAGCUAUGGCACCGUGCUGAGCUGCUUUGAGAGGAGCGGGCAGUGGCAACAAGCUCUGCAGCUCUUCAGCAUUAUGCCGACCCAUGUGCUCCCCGACAUCAUCGCGUGCAGUUCUGCCAUCAGCUGCUGUGAGAAGGGUGCCCAGUGGGAAUUCGCCAUAUCAAUUGCCAGCAUGAUGCCUGGGCGAAGCCUUUUGCCCAACGUCGUCACUUACAGUGCGACCAUCAGUGCAUGUGAGAAAGGUGCCCAGUGGCAGUUGGCCUUGCAGCUGCUGACCGACAUGACGCUGCGACGGAUCUCGCCAAACAUCAUCAGUUUCAAUGCAACGUUGAGUGCUACAGAGAAGGCAGGCCAGUGGCGGCUAGCAUGCUGGCUCUUGGGUCGAAUGCCGAAGAGGCAGGUGACACCUGACGUUGUCACCUACAGUGCUACUAUAAGUUCUUGCGAGAAGGGCGGGCAGUGGCAGAUUGCCUUGUUUCUCUUCGAAAGCAUGUCAGACGCAAGCAUCCGUCCAAAUAGUUUCAGCUUCUCAGCUGCUAUCAGCUCCUGCCAAAAGGGAGCUCGAUGGGAGCUGGCUUUGCCCUGCACUGCCUGCGGAAAGCUUCCAGCCGAGCCUGCGCUCUGUCUCCUGUGUGGAGCGAUCGUUUGUUUGGGCAGCCGCGCCUGCCGCGGGCGAAACGAGACAGAGGGCCAGUGCACAGAGCACGCACGGAGAUGUGCCUCCGGGCAAUGCCUGUUUCUGCUUCCGUAUUUGGCGCAGAUUCUUGCAGUCAGUGCUCCAGAUUGCUGUCUUUGGGAUUGCCCGUACGUCGACAGAAACGGUGAGCUGAACCCCAACCCGAAGCGGCCGUGCAUGAUGCACUUCAGGCUUGAUCAGCAGCGCCUGGCCAGUUUGCGGCAAACCUUUACGAAGUCUUCCGUACGACGGGAAAUCUUCCUGUACAACCAGAGGACCGGACAGUACAUUCCCCAAGCCCUCUGCUUUUGCCCCGAGGGAAAGAUUUUUCUCAGCGCUCAGAGCGCUGUUGCUGCGGCCAUGGCAGAGACACCUGCGAGCCUGAAGAGCACGACCCGACCCCAGGCAGACCUGGAACCACAUCUUUGUCCAGAAUGCGAGGGUAUGCCUCCAGCGCCCGAGGUGGACGGUUGGGAGGCGACGAAGCAGGUCGGCCGAACCCUGGCCUCGCUGUGCGGAGGUGGCGGUGAGACAGCAACUGCACGGCUCCCGGAUGACCGCAAGAGCAGCGUUGCUACAGAGAACUUCCACGACUUGCACGCCCGGCUGAUCUCUAACGAGAACGUGAAGUUUGCAAUGUUCAAGGACAAGGUAUCCUUGGUGGUCAACGUUGCAACUCAAUGUUUGACAAAGCAAAACUACGCUGAAUUAUCUGAGAUUUGUGCCGAGCUGAAAGCUGAGCCAUUCGAAGUGCUGGCCUUCCCGUGCAAUCAGUUUGGAAAGCAGGAGAAGGGUUCGCCGGAGCAGAUUUCAAACUUCGUCGCAGGUAAGCUGUCGGAUGCAAACUACACCCUCUUCGAGAAGGUGCAUGUGAACGGCCCCCACACUCAUCCGGUGUUCCACUUUUGCAGGUACAAUGCAGGAGGUACUCGACUUGGAGCAUCACGCAUGCGCCCCAUCCCAUGGAACUUCGCGAAGUUCCUCAUUGACAAAGAGGGACGCGUCGUUGCGUUUUACAACCCCAAGAUUCCGCCCUCGGAGAUCCUGCCUGACAUUAAGGCAGUUCUCGCAGGCACCAAGCAGGGCUCACCGUCGCAGCGCCCGACAGUCGGUUCCGAUGCUCCUGAGGGCUUCUUGAUCAGCAGUCACGAGCGGCUUGCUGAGUCCAGUGCGGAUCGGUUCGAUGCGGGCGGCAGUGGCAGUGGGCAUCCCUUUCUCGCUGUGUCUUUGGUUGCUAGCAUGGCUGGCUACCCGGCGUGUCCUCAAAGUGGGGUCCUGUUGGGGGAACCAAAGGUCGCUGGCUCCGCCAGCGAGUUGUUGGCCGUCAAUGCUUGA